GUGGAAAGUUGUCUCCGGCCGCUUUGUGUCCCAACUUUUCUGCGCUGCGAGUUUGUGGACGUGAAACUGGGAACCAGGACCCGAGCGGGACCAGCGGGACCGGAGCACGCAGCCUUACUGCUCGGGACUUACCUGCUCACUGUGAGCGAGUUGUCUCUCUCUCUAGUGACCCUGAGGGUGAGUGUGUUUUUCGGGGAACCCCCUCCUCCACCCUGUUGCCGCCACACCGACGCCUCCCCGCUCACCAGGCCGCCUCUCAGAGCUCCUUUCCCGGCCUUGGGAGGCAGCCCCGCCCCGCUCUUCUCUCUCUCCCGGAGGACAAAGUCAAAAAGACAGAGGAGACAAAGUGUCGGAAUGAAGGGAUGAAAGAGGAAUAGACCCGCACAGAGGAUCCGGGAGAACCCGAGGACAGAUCAGAGCAGCUGCAGGACUCCAGUUUUUCAUUUUUAAUCUCUUUUUCUGCUUUUUGAACCUUUUCAGCUCUCAGGCGUCCAUUUUGAAAACUUUCUCCCCCCGUUUCUUCACCGAAAGGAUUAAAUCAGCAGUAUUCUGGAAAGAAAACUCUGGUUUUUGGAUAUAUAGGCUAUAUAUACUCUUUAAAUUUUUUUUAAAAUCUUCGGGCUCCAAUGAGGCGCGCGCGGCCGGCCGAGAGCGAGCCCAGCUGACGGCCAGUGAUCAGAGAUCGAUAGGUGUGAUCGACUCUGGAGUGACCCGGAGACGGAUCAGGGGGAUUCGGGUCUGAUCGGAUUUGGAUUAUUUCCAGAGAGGGGAUGGAGGGUCUGUGGGGUGUGCGGGCCCCUGGGGCCCCGGGACGGGCUCCCUGCUGCGGGCUGCCGCUGCUCCUCCUCCCGCUGCUCCUGCUGACCUGCUGCGCGGCCGAGGAAGAGGUGCUGAUGAACACCAAGUUGGAAACGUCCGACCUUCGAUGGACGAACCAUCCCGCUGACGACCCGCAGUGGGAGGAGGUGAGCGGACUGGACGACGAGUCCAACAGCGUGCGGAUUUACGAGAUCUGCACGCCGAACAGCCCGUCCUCCUAUUGGCUGAGGACGCGCUGGAUCCCCCGGAGGGCGGCGACCACGCUCUACGUCGAGAUCCGCUUCACCAUGAUGGAGUGCGCCGGUCUGAACCAGCGUCCCUGCAAAGAAACCUUCAACCUCUACUACUACCAGUCCGACAGCGACGAGGCCACGCCCACGCACCCGUCCUGGAUGGAGAACCCGUACACCAAAGUGUCCACGGUGGCGGCCGACCACCUGCUGCGGGGCGGCGGCGAGAGGCGCUACAACCUGAAGCUGCUGCGCCUGGAGCCGCUGCAGGGGGCGGGGCUCUACCUGGCCUUCCACAGCCAGGGCGCCUGCAUGGCGCUGCUCUCCGUGCGCGUCUUCUACAGGAAGUGCCCGCCCCUCCGCCGCGCCUUCGCCUCCUUCCCCGAAACCGUCCCCCACUCGCUGGUGGAGCAGGCUCAGGGUGUGUGUGUGGAGAACGCUGUGACUCCGCCCGGCGAGCAGUCGCAACCUCCCAGCAUGCUUUGCGGCGAGGACGGCCAGUGGGUGGGGCAGCCGACAUCCAGCUGCUCCUGUCGCCCCGGGUACGAGGCGGGCGAGACCGACGUGCACUGUCGAGCCUGUCCAUCGGGUCAGUUCAAGGCGGGGUCAGGACCUGGUGGGUGUGACCCGUGCCCGUCCAACAGCAACACCAUGAUCCCCGGCUCCGCCUACUGCCUGUGUCGCCCUGGUUACCAUCGAGCUGACUCCGACCCGCCGCACACCGCCUGCACCCGCCCCCCCUCCGCUCCCCGCUCCAUCGUGAGUCAGAUCAACGACACCUCGGUGACUCUGGAGUGGAGCGAGCCGCUGGACCGAGGAGGACGGGGAGACCUGACCUACAGAGUCCUGUGUUCCCGCUGCGAGACCACCACAACCACACCUAAGGGAUUGGUCGAUUCCUGUUCUCCGUGUGACGACAGCGUUCUGUACCGGCCGGCGCAGCAGGACCUCACUCAGCGCCGCGUCGUCGUCUGGGGGCUCCGCCCACACACCAAGUACACCUUCACUAUCCAGUCACUGAACGGCGUCUCUGCGCUCAGCCAAUCAGAGCCGGCCUCCAACCGAGUCAACGUCACCACCAGCAGAGACGUUCCUCCUCCAUUGUCCGGCCUCAAGAGGGCGUCGGCCUCGGAGACCACUCUGUCUUUGGAGUGGAACGUUCCAGUUCUGCAGAACCAGAUCCUGGACUAUCAGCUCCGCUACAGCCCUAAGGACGGCGAGGAGGCGGGGCAGUGGCAGUACGUGUCCAGCAGGUCUUCUUCGGUGGUGCUGACGGGGCUGCGCAGGGCGACGCAGUACCAGGUGCAGGUUCGCGCUCGCUCGCAGGCCGGGUACGGGUCGUUCAGCGCCGCGAGCAGCUUCAGCACCCUGCCCGACGGUGUUGGUCACUCUCAGCUGGUGGUGACGGGAGUUCUCGCCUCCAUGGGGAUCCUGCUUCUCAUCGCCGCGCUGAUGGUCGCUGUUUACUGUUACCGGUAA